AUGUGUCAGCUUAGUAACAGCCGUACCCAACCCACGUGGGAAAAAGGUAAGAACACAUUGCAAACAACUCCGACGAACAUCGAUGAGUAUAUAAAAUACAUGGAUGUUGAACCUUCCAUUUCUACAUCUCAAACCACAAUCAUCAAACCAACAAUGAUUGAGAUCAGCUCAAGUAAUAAACCGGCAAAACCUAUUUGGAAAUUUUGGAGUAGAAGACCCAUUUCAAAAACAAUUGACACUUCUGAGGAAAGCUUGUUAUGGGAGGGAUUCUGGUCAUUGACCAAGAGUUUCCAAGUGACCGUCUCGUAUAAUGAGCUUUUAUCCAAUCAUUUUAAAGACUACAUCACUUUGAACCCUGAUUAUGGAAGACCUGAAUUGAUUCUUCCCGCUGAUGAAUCAGAGGCCACUGAUUUCGGUACUUUACCAGUACUCAUUAUUUGUGGUUCAAAGGGGGAAACCGGUAAUGUUAAGGCGAGAGGUGAUAAAUGUUUCAGGAAGAUCAUUGAGUCUUAUGGAGGGUUCAAAGAAUUUAAGACACUUCUAGCACAAGAGACUAAUGACGAGAGUAUUAAGGCCUUACAAUCCACUCCACAGAUAAUUUCGAAAACGGUUCAUGAUAAUACUCAGCCAAAGCAAUUUGUCUUCAAUGACUAUUCAAGAAAUGAAGGUUGUAUGGUAUUAAAAAUUGGACCUCCAGCAGUUGUCUUUUUGAAAUGUAAAACUCAACAAAUUCAAGAGCUCUGUAACUUAAUUGAGGAAUUUCGUUCUAUCCUGGGGAGGGAAGGUUUUGAAGGCAAUGCUUUACAAAUCGCAAGGAUGCUAGAUGAAGGUAUUACGGUCCAAACAAGUUUACACAAGUGUUCCCCCACAUGGGAGCAGCCUCAAGUGGUUUAUCGAUUAAGUUCAGAGGUAACCUACCCCCUUCAUAUGAACCGAAGACAGAUAUCUUCAUUCAAAAUGCUAUGUUGCAACGAAUUGAAGAACUCAAAGGGCUGGAAAAGUAAGAUUCCCUUUGGGGCACUCAUUGACACUUCAUUACCCAUCAUUGAAUGUAAGAUGCAUACUAACGUUCGCAGUGUGGUUAAUGGUGAGGGGAAUGUCCCUGUUUUGGACGAAAAAUUGGAAGAUUCAGAUGCGAAUUCGGAACAUCUGGAUGUGGACACCAUCAUCGACUCCGUCAAGUAA